AUGUUGACCCGCUUGAGGCCCACCCUGUCGCCCCGUGGAAGGGUAUUAUUGAGACGGGAAAUGUCACACUUCAAAGUCAUCGAACAUAAUGUCCGAUGCCAGAAUAUACGCGAGCGCCCUGGCGCCGUUGAGCCCGGAUUUGAGCAUCAAUUAAGGCUCGCCGUGAAGCAAUACAUUCCGAAGGAUAACCCUCAUCCUCGAGAAGGAGAUGUGACGAUCAUAGGAGCACAUGGAAAUGGUUUCCCAAAGGAGUUAUACGAGCCCUUGUGGGAUGAAGUAUAUGAGAAAUUGCGCGCCGCCAACCGACAGAUUCGGGGGAUUUGGAUUGCCGACGUAGCUCAUCAAGGUCAAAGUGGUGUCCUGAACGAGUCCAUCUUGGGAGAUGACCCAAGCUUGCUGGAUCAUGGUCGUGACCUUUUCGCGCUGGUGAAUCGAUAUCAAGAUGAAAUGCCCCAUCCCAUCGUCGGCAUUGGGCAUAGUAUGGGUGCAUUGCAGCUGGCUCACCUUUCUCUGAUGCAUCCAUCCCUGCUCCAAGCUCUGGUAUUAGUCGACCCAGUGACCCAAAAAGGAAACCCCGGCAAAGAGCUGGCUCUUCUCACUACAUACCGACGCGAUUGGUGGUCAUCACGCAAGGAAGCGCUUCAGAAGUUCCAGUCCAACCCUUUCUACCAAGCAUGGGACCCGCGGGUCUUGGAGAAAUGGGUUGAGUACGGACUACGCGAUACUCCGACCAGGCUGUAUCCUCAACCCAACGAGAACGGUCAGCAAGCCGUGACUUUAACCACAACCAAGGCCCAAGAGCUUUUCACAUUCUUGCGGCCAUCUUAUAUAGACAAGCGGUCAGGGCUUCCUCGCGGGACCCCGCAUGGAGAAGUGCAUCCGAGUGAAAUUGACGACUUUCCGUUCUACCGUCCCGAGCCGUCACAUAUAUUCCGUCAUCUUGGCGAGUUAAACCCAAGUGUUCUAUAUGUCUUCGGGGAAAAGUCGCCUUUCUCCACACCAGAGGCACGAAAAGAGAAGACACAGGCGACUGGCACUGCGCUUGGUGGUAAUGGCGGGGUUUCUCGGGGGCGCGUGAAGGAGGCUAUCGUUCCCAGUGGCCAUCUCGUUCCCAUGGAUAAUGUGACUGGAUGCGCUACUGCCAGUGCUAGCUUCAUUCAGGAUGAGCUGCAAGGCUGGGAAGCACGAACGAGGAAUUCUCGACCUCGCUCUCCAACCAGGAUAUUCCCAUUCUACAAAGUGCGUGACCACUCGAAAUGGCGUUCCAAUCGUCGCGCGCAGAGAAACAAAAUCGCUAUCAACGAAGGCACAACCAGAAUAACCAGUCUUGGAAACAACAUCCCCAUCGCAACCGUGGCCGAAGACCAGGCAGUGGAUUACCUAGCCCACCGAAAGAAGGUACUAGGCGCCCGGAGAUAUCUCACAGCAAAUAUCCCAGUCAUCGCAGCCAUGAUCUCUCUUCCUAGCUCGAGACCUAGAGCCCCCGGGUCUGUGAAGCAUAUCGGCGGUCCAUUCACGAAACAAGAGCGUACGGCCACAUGGAAAAGAAUGCAGAAUUCACUGACGACUCCGAUUAUGAAAAUAAUCCUCGCCAACAAGUACACGCCAACGGAGAACCAUGUCGCUUAUGUGCGACGGUGUCGGGCGCUCUUUGCGGAGCUACGGGCUCUCAAGGAGGUUGAGGACCGGAUGGAGCUCGAUUGUGUCAUGGAGCCAUUGCAGCACGCCGUGUUAAAACCAUUCUUGAGGUAUAUUGCGCAGGAGAGGGUGAAAUUAUCGCUGGAUGAUGUUUAUGCCAAGUUCAUCGUUCAUGAGAAUGUGAGGAAAUCGUACUUGCCUCUUUGGCUAGGCGAUUCGAUGCCUGAGUUGCUCUGCAAUUGA